AUGAAAGUGCUGUCCUCGUCACCAGCCGAUGCCCGCACCUACACCAAUGACAAUUACGACUGCGACAUCUUCAUCUGUCACGGAUCGCUCGAUAAGAGUUUAGCCAGGAAUGUCCGCAAGAACAUCCUCGCCCGCUAUCCAACUCUCCGUGUUUUCGUCGACGACGAGUCGCUUGACGGUAUCCGCCACCCUCAUCCGGACGACUGUGCCGCCAUCGACGUUCGCUCACGGCUUGUUCUCAUCCUCGACACCAACUUUGUCGUCACGCGCUACGUCAUCGCCGAAGUCGAUGCAGCGCUUGUUGGCGCUGCCAACGGCGGCAAUCCCGUCUUCCCAGUCUUUAUUGAUAGCGACAUCUCGCUUGCUGAGCUUGGCCGGCUGCACAGUGUUGCAGCCCGGCCCGCCGACGAUGCUAAUUUCGCUGCAGCCAAGGCCUGCGCCCAGUACGUGGACAACGGCGGUGCCCAGGCCGAAGUCGUUUUCCUCACUGCCCACAACGUUGACACCCACACCCACAUGCUUUCGCUCGUGGCUUUGUUGGACACCUUCUUCACUUCCGGCGACAAGAAGCGCCAGUACGACACCUGGCACCAGCGUCUUCUCGCGCACAAUUGGAAUGACCAUCACAUUCGCACGGCCUACCGCCUCAUGGACUGGGGUCUCGCCACUUACGACGACCGUCGCAUCUCCUCGGGUACCGCCGUCGUUGACAUUGCUCAGCACUCCCUCGCCAUCCUUGCCGGCACGAUGCAGUUACCGUCCCGUAUGCCGCCACCAUCCAAACUGCCCGAAUAUUACCCGCUCCCUGACACUCGCGCUGCGGUCAUUGACGCGCUUCUCGGUGCGAACAACGUCUCAGUCGUCGGUGUCAGCGGGCUUGGUGGCGUUGGCAAGUCGUCGCUCGCUGCCGAUGUUGCCGUCCACCCCGCCAUCACCUCGGUCUUCUCCGUCUUCUGGCUCGCUCUCGGUGAGGACAAGACAUCUCCCAUCGCCAUUGCCAGCCGCAUGUCCUACUUCCUGAAGCAAGGCCUCGGUUGCGCAGUCGAUCCACAAGCUGACCUCAAUUACCUGCAAAGUAUCCUUGCUGACAAGACCCAGACCCUCGCCGACGCCGGCACUCGCAUCUUGCUCAUCCUCGACGAUGCGUGGACCACCCGCCAGGCCACCGCCUUCACCAAGCCCAUUGCAGCUCGACAUGCGGUCCUCGUCACCUCGCGCAACGCCGCCAUGGCGGCCAUCUCCACCUCCUCUGUUCAGCUCGGUACCUUUGGCCGGGCCGACGCAGCUGUUGUCCUUCGCAACUACCUCGCCAAGGGCUCACCCGAGUGGGCAAACACCCUUGCUCUCAACGAUCACCGCAUCGUCUCCCUCGCGACCUUCUGCCGUGGCCAUGCCCUCGCCCUCGCUAUCCUUGGCUCGUCCAUAUCUGGCGAGGCUGCACUUGACGCCGCUGUUGCCAACUUUGAUUCGGCCUCCAAACGUGCUUUUCGCAAGCACCGCAAGUCAGAAGGCGGCACCGACGCCAAGCACGCCCACAUCUUUGACAUCAUCACUUGGACUCUCGGCGAUGCCAUCCCCAAGUGUGUCCGCAAGGUGGCACUCGCCAUUUACGCCAUGCUCGGCGUCUUUCCAUCAGACACGCCCGUCGACGUCGCCAACUUCCGCGCCACGGUCCCAGCGGACGAUAUUGGCUUUGCUGCGGCCCUCGACGCCCUUGCCGAUGCCUCUCUCCUGCGCGUCGUUGCCAAAGAUGGCGGCGCCAUCACCGUGAUCGAGAUGCACGAUCUGCACCUCAAGUACAUUCGCCAUCGGCUUGAGGUGUGUUUUGACGACAUCCCUUCCCUUCCUGCCCGUCACCUCGCCGUUGUCGCCGGGGUGCCUCCGCCUGGCGCCACGCCAGAGUCCGCAAAGGUGGCAAUAACCUCUGGUACUGCCUCCAAUUGGAUCGUUACCCGCGGUAUUUCACACAUGAUUGCAGCCGGAGCGAACCAUGCCGCCGUUGCCGUUGCUCUCUCCUGGGCAUGGAUGAAAGCCCGCGCAGACGAGUCGCUUGGUGGCCUCCUCAACGACCUGCGUUGUGUUGUUCGCCUCGGCUGCAAAGGAGCCCAGCACGUUGGCGAGGUCGAGCGGGCCCUAUCUCUCUCACGUGAGAUCAUCCAGAGAGGUAAGUCGUACAUCGAGACCGAGCUCGUUGCCCGACUCGACUAUCCCCAGCCAUCCGAUACAAUCACGCAGCUGGUGGCUGCUGUACGCGCGGAUGCAUCACACGGGGCUUUUCUCCCAGCGGCAGCUAUUGACCCUGUCACGCAUCGUGAUGCUCGACGCUUGUACUGUCAUGGCGAGUAUGACGACAACUCUGUCAUCGGUGACUCGCUGGUUGCCGGUAUUUGUCGAAAGAAUGUGGAGGUUUCAGACAUGCUACCCAGGGCGCGCGUAGAGUGCCUGAAAGGCCACACCAGCAUGAUAUCCGGCGUGAUCGCGCUGCCCAGUACAAAUGGCGAACUGCCUGUCCUGGUCUCGUGGUCUAGCGACGAGACGAUCCGAGUGUGGCAUCCUGCGGAAGAAGGCACGGGCUCGAUGAGGUACACCGCAGACACUGCCUCCUGCGAGGUACUGAAGGGCCAUAUCAGCUCAGUGACAGGCGUGGUGGCCCUACCAAGUGCUAGCGGCCAGCUGCCGGUCUUGGUCUCUCGGGUGGGUGGGUAUCAAAACAAGGAGAACGCGAUCCGGGUUUGGCAUCCUGCGGACGACGGGACAGGCGCCAUGCGGUACACCGCGGAAAACGCCUCCUGCGAGGUGCUGGACGGCCACACUAGCUGGGUCUCUCGCGUAAUUGCACUGCCGAGUGCAGAUCGCCAGCUUCCUGUCCUCGUCUCGCGGUCGAGAGACAAGACAAUCCGGGUGUGGCAUCCCGCGGACGACGGGACAGGCGCCAUGCGGUACACCACGGACAACGCCUUCUGCGAGGUGCUGAAAGGCCACACCAACUGGGUGCUCGACGUUAUUGCGCUCGCCAUGGCCCUUCCCCGCGGAUCGCACGACCAACACCGCCGGAUGUCAUCCGAGCCGGCCACUAUCCCGCAUGCCACGUUGCCAGUGAAAGCCUAG